AUGCAUGAACAGAUGCAUCCUGACCUGAGCAAAGCAGACAAGAAGAGACUGUGUGGGAUUCUAGACUGCCAAAGAUUGUCCCCAGAAGUGCGUGGACAUGCAGUAAAAAACGAGCUUCUGCCAUUAAGAACAGUAGUGCAGCUCCUCUAUUUUGAACAAGAUAAAGGCUCUAAGGCAACCUCCAGUCACAAACUGUCAAAGCCACAUGAGAUAUUUCUGGGAGCAAAACAUAGAGCAGCUACUACAAAAGAUACUCAAAGCAAGCAUUCUUUAGGCCCAACCAAAGAAGAAUUCAACGGAGAAGAAAUAAGAGAAAGGGAUCACCACAAAAGAUCAGAUGGUAAGUUGGCAUUGGACUUGGAAAAAAAAAUGGCUAUCAGAGGAGACAUUGAAGAGACACAAUCUGAGAAGGCCAGGGUUGUGAGAGAUGAGAGUAGUUCAAGCGGGAAGGUGGACUUGGAUCCUAAAAAAAUGAUAAGAAGGGCAAGAAGUAGAUCAGAACAUGGUGUGAAAAAUAUGCGAUUAGGGCUUGGAUUGGAUUCGAAAUCUUCAAUGGGAUGGGUUUCUCCAAUUCAGGAGGAGAUCAUGGUGCAGUGCCUAGACGGAUUAAAGCAUUUGUGUGCUGCUCUGGUAAAUUGUUGUGAUGCCGAUUCGUCAAAGCAACCUAGAGGUUUAGAAAAUCCAGAAGUUCUUGCAAGAGAGACAGUGUUUAGUGUAAGUGAGAUUGAAGCGCUAUAUGAACUUUUCAAGAAGAUCAGCAGUGCAGUGAUUGAUGAUGGACUAAUUAAUAAGGAAGAAUUUCAGUUGGCAUUGUUCAAGACGAACAAGAAAGAGAGCUUAUUUGCGGAUAGGGUGUUUGACUUGUUUGAUACAAAGCACAAUGGCAUACUUGAUUUUGAAGAGUUUGCGCGGGCUCUCUCUGUCUUUCAUCCCAAUGCACCAAUUGAUGAUAAGAUUGAGUUUUCAUUCCAAUUGUAUGAUCUCAAACAGCAAGGUUUUAUUGAAAGACAGGAGGUAAAACAAAUGGUAGUGGCCACUCUAGCUGAAUCUGGCAUGAAUCUUUCAGAUGAUGUGGUCGAAAGUAUUAUUGACAAGACAUUUGAGGAAGCUGAUACCAAACAUGAUGGGAAGAUUGACAAGGAAGAAUGGCGAAACCUUGUGUUGCGGCAUCCAUCUCUUCUGAAAAACAUGACACUUCAGUAUCUCAAAGAUAUCACCACUACAUUUCCCAGUUUUGUCUUUCACUCACAAGUGGAUGAUACAUGA